AUGUGUGGCUAUCGUCUACGAAACGAAACCACCAACGUGGCGGAUGUGGGGCUGUCGUAAUGGCUAUUUCUUCAAUGUGUUCCAUGACUAUAUUCGCUAAUGUUGCACUUAUUGGGGAACCCAUUGCACAGCCAGAAAUUUGUUGAUAAUGACAACCAUCGUGUUUGAAAUAACUGUUUCGUAAUACGAACUCUAGUAGUUUUAUAAUAUUGUUUAUAGAUAUGUCUGUACGAGUUGUGAGAUUAUUGUCUUGCACUAGUCUCUGCUUGACCACUUGCAGGGCUAAUUCAAUUGGAAUAGAUGUAAAAAGCGAAACCACAUCGAAGGAUACCAUGAUGUCUUCCACUGGUUGCAAUUUUAACAUUUUUCGAAUUAUUCAUCAUGUUCAUGGUUCAAAUGUUGUGAAAAUUGCUAGAAAUUUGGAGAAGAAAUCUGUAAAUAUCUUUAAACACAAAGAACAUCUGACGUUCAAUCAUACUUUGAAACGAGCAGGCGUGCUUCCAAAAAGCUUACUAUUCAAUCCACCUAUAAAAUGUAAUGAAGGAUUCAAGAUCGCUAAAAAAGCUGGCUGGAGUUUUUUACGACUCCGCAUCCAACAUAGCCAUCAAAGAAUCAUUGAACUGGAAAAACAAAGAGACAGUUAUGCUAAUACUUUGACAGAUAUUCUUUCACCCGAAAACUACGAGAUUCUCGGUAAUGUCGUCGCACACAAUUCUCAUUCAGCUAGACAAGCAGCAAAAGAAAGACAUCAACGUAAGUUACAAGAUUUGGGGAUAUCAGACACCCACAAAGGAGAAGUGAACAAAGACCGUUGGGUCAUAAAUCUGUCGAAGCGACAACUUUCCCACCAAGAGCUCACAGUCCUACGUAAUGGUUUGAAUUUUGCUAGUACGCCAAAAACCAUCCCUAUAGCACAUAUCGUAGCAAAUAUAGAGAAGGGAAUCAAAGAACUUCCUGGUAAAACCAAAUCAUCGAUUCGUGCAUCUGUUGCUAACAUUUUAAGACAUGGCAAACCACCCGCAACAAAAAACAUGUCCGAUCAGCAAAAUUUAGCUAUGAAAAGGUUAAAACGAGACCUCUCGAUUCAAAUUAUAUCUGCCGAUAAGGGAACGGCUAUAGUUGUAAUGAACAAAGACGAUUAUCAGCAUAAAAUUAACUAUCUUUUGGAUGAUCCCACAAUAUAUUUAAAAAUAACAGACAAAC